UAUAUAUUUCUCACCUCUUCUUCUCAAUUCGAGUCUUGCUUCCUUCUCAAAUCUCAAUUGCACCAUCCAUCCAUCGAUCGAUCGGCCGUCUGGCCGAUUGCCAUGGACGACGACCGAUCGGAUCGCCUUUCUCUCAACCUCAUCACCUCCCAUGAUCUCUCCGUCAGCAAAAUUCGUCCACGGCCCUGCGCCGGCGGUAGUUUGAAGUUUGAAAAGUCAGAUCAGUCUACGACGACGAUGACGAUCGCGGAGCCUUCUCUCACCCUCGGGCUCCCCUGCUCCACCGACGCCGGCUACGCGGCGGGUCCUUCUUAUUCUUCUUCUCCUCCUCCUCCUGAUCAUAGCAUGACGUCCUCCCUCGCCGGAGGACACGCCAAGGAGGAACUAUUAGACGGAGCCGGCGCCAGGAAGAAGCUCCGGCUCACCAAGGAACAGUCCGCGCUUUUGGAGGACAAGUUCAAGGAGCACGCCACUCUCAAUCCGAAACAAAAGGAAGCUCUGGCAAAGCAACUGAAGCUCCGGCCAAGGCAGGUGGAGGUGUGGUUCCAGAAUAGGCGGGCGAGGACGAAGACGAAGAAAACAGAGGUGGAGCUGGAGUUUCUGAAGAAGUGGUGCGGGACACUCAGGGAGGAGAACCGGAGGCUGCGCAGUGAACUGAAGGAACUCAAAUCCAUGCAACCCCCGCCGCCGACCAUGUGCCCGACGUGCAAGAAGGUGGACUCCAGCGUCUCCGGCGGAGGACACGUGACGGCGGCGAAAUAUUGUUACCCCUUCGCCCAGCACUCCUCCGCAGCAUGCACGUAGGCCGUAGCAUAAAUAUUGUUGAGUAUACACACGCACGAUCUGGAUCUCCAGUUCAUAUACACUUGUGAAAUUACGAAGACGUAAUUAAUUAAGAAAUUCCGUUCGACUAAUU